AUUCGCACCGGAAGUAUCAUAUGUUCACGGCUCUUCAAUCCGUCUAGGUCGGUCUAGGUAAAGUGGCGAGAAGAUUUAUGUUUUUAAUAUGUGACAAUUUAAAAUUACUGCCUGUAGGAGCGACAGAUAAUGGGAUUGAAGGCUGCCAUUCAGGCAUUGAAGAGAGCAGAGAAACUAAAAGAAAAGGUUCAAAAUUCAAGAGACUUAUUGAAUGACAAUGAAGCUUGGGUAUGCCAACAGCAGUUACAAAGAAUUUACCAGCAGGUCCUUAUUCUUGACUUAGAAUAUGCUCUGGACAGGAAAGUGGAACAAGAACUGUGGAAUCAUGGAUUUAAAAAUUACAUUGCAACACUACAGAACUUAGCAAAGGAUAAAAAGAAUCCAAAACGGAACGAGUCGCAAGCCAUGUUAUCGUGGUGUCUGGAGGCAGCCAGUGGCUUCUACUUGACAUUGCUACAGGAGAUCUGUACUGCAUUUGAUCUGGACCUUCCAUUCAGGAGGAAGGAAUCUGUAUAUGGGAAUGGAAAGCUCUGGAGAACAGUUGAUCACUUGACACAGCCGCACAAGAACUCAUGUUACUAUAUCUGCCAGCAUUGCUUGGUCCACUUAGGAGACAUCGCUCGGUACAGGAAUCAGAAUCGCCAGGCUGAAAUAUUUUAUAGACAUGCAGUGCAGUUGGCUCCAAACAGUGGACAACCUUACAACCAGCUUGCAUUGCUAGAAGCUAGUCGAGGCGAUCGACUGAGCACAGUGUUCCACUACGUUCGCAGUGUUGCUGUUCGUCAUUUGUUUCCAGCUGCUGCAACCAAUCUCUCUCGGACAUUAAACAAAAGUGCAGAAGAAGGAUUAAAUGUAGAGGGAAGGAACAAGUUAUCCGUUUCAGAGUACAUUGCCAUUUUCCUCAAACUGCAUGGAUUACUGCAUAACUGUAUGGAUUUACAAGAAGCAGAAAAAUGUGUGAAAAUACUGAUGACAACCCUCACGGCCCAUGUUGCCACAGAGAGUCUUACUUCAUGGAAACUGGUUCAGAUGUUGGCCAUCAAUCUCUUUGCCCUGCAUCAUGCUGGUAGCUGUGUCGAUGCAGACAAGGUGAUGACAUUCAGUGAUCAGCAGCUGUCAGGUGAUGAAAAGAAGGUGAAACACCUUGUAAUGGACCUUAUGGCUGGAUCUCUGAGUGCUUAUUUACUGCCUGUGUACACUCUUAAGGAAGGAGAUGCAUUGCUGGAGUACUUUGCCCUGCCUGCCAUUAAACUAACAUUGGACUGGAUUCGACUUGACCCCAGUGUUCUGCUAGAUUCAGCAUUUACAAGUCGACUUCAGAUCUGGCCCAGUCUUUGUAAACUGCUUAAUGGACUCCAGCAGUCUCUGACUGAUUUCACUGCUGACAAAUGUAGCUACUUGCCUCUUCCAGAGGACAGAGAUCUCCAAGGAUUCAUACCAUUGGAGAAAUCAUUCAGUGAUCUUAGGUUCAGUUGCCACGACUGGAAGUUGGACCCAGUAUCCCUCAAUAAACUUCGAGCAGCUCGUGUUCUUGAGUUUGGGAUGUGGCUCCUGAAACAGGAUGGCCAUCGCCUUGUAACCAGGAGAUCAUCUCCAGGCUCAGAAGAAUCUUCAGUGGUAUUUGAAGCAGUUGGAGGUCAGCAGGUGCCUCCGUGCGACCUGAUCAGAGAACUGGAGGAGCUGAGUCUCACCAAGCUUCCAUCACCAGCUCCUUCGGACACCAACAGCUGGGGAAGCACAGCUACUGGCACUUCCACACCUGAUGAUUCAUCAAUCAUUGCCGGUCCUCAGAGUCCACCACCUGCAGAGCACAUCCACAGUGAUGCAGUUCAUGAGAGACGUGCUGGUAUUCUGAAGCCACAAGGUUCUUUGGAGAAGGCUCGAGAAAAAGAGGCCACCGAAAUGAUGUGGUCCCAGAACCAGAAUCAUGGAGGCCCCGUAAUAGCUAAGCGAGGUCGGCAGAAUGUCGCAAUGCAAGCUAUCAUGAGGAAAUCGGUGUUGCUUGGAGAACAGGAGACAUCCAGAAACUUGGAAGCAAAGCAGGUAACAUUUAAAACUCCAUCACCAAGUGUAUCCCCUGGAAGUUCCCAGGGUGCUGAAGAUGGGCAAGUUGUCAAGUCAAACAAAACAUUGGCGUGGCAGCAACCAAAACAGGUUCCCCAACCACCCUCUCAAGCCUUAACUGUGUCCUUUCCAUACCAGACUCAGCAAACCUCACAGCAUAACAUGAUACAACAACAUAACCAAGUCCCAAGAAACCAGGUGUCUCAAACACAGUCUAUAUUUGGUAACAGCGAACUUACUUGCCAGAACAGUCUGCAGCCCCACAGCCAACCUGUUCCAUCGAAUUCCAGCAACAUAGCUUCCUCAUAUGGUCCACAAAUUCCAUCCUUCCCCACUCAUCCUGCUCAAAUACGUUUUCACCAGUCUUCAACAAGAGCCAGUCUGCCAGUCAAUGAUAACAUUGGAGGUGGGUACCCAUCUUCUCAUCAGUCAUAUGGAAUGAAGUUACGUCAGCCACCUUUCACACCAUGGCAGGAAGAAGGUCCACCUCUUCCUCCAUCCUGGUGGUAUGGGGACAGACAGAAUUCUGCAGGUGGCAAUCAGCAAGAUGAAACAGUUACAUCACAGACCUCUGGAACUCCAGUAAACCUACCAUUUCCAGCCUUGAAUUAUCUGCAAGGCAAUAUUCUUCAGCAGCCUGUUCAACGUGUUUCUGUGAACUCGCCAACGGAUCUGGUUCCGGAUGAUUUGUACAGUAAUGCAAAUUGGCGUUCAAGACACCAGAUGUCAGCCCCACCACCGCCUCUAAAUCUUAACUUGAAUCUUCAGCAUCAGUUAAUGAGCGGAGCAACACCCCAACUUCCUGGCAAUUUUACACCACCAACUUCCACACAAUCGACUGUGUCAAGGUCACUUGCACGAAACAGCGGAAGGUUUCAAGGGUCCCAGAACAGACCUGAUGCUAGCCACUUGUCUGUGUUUGCCAGUGCAAGAAAUCAAGAGACGCAGAGACUCAAUUCAGAGCAGGUAACAUCAGAUGGCAAUGGCAAAGAAAAUUUUCAAGGAAGUAGCUCCGUGACAGGAGAGAGCUCUACAAUAUUUUCAUCGACACCGAACACCAGUUCAUUCUCUGCCUUGGGACUUGGCACCAGUACCUACUCAUUGUUCAGUACACCAAGCUGGGUGACUCCAGUAUCCACUUGUGGUCUUGAGUUGGAAGGAAACCCCUGUGGGAAUGGAUUAUCUAGUGUAAUGGGGGUUCCAGGGAACAGCUCCCUCAAUAUUGGCCAGCAGUCCCUGUGGUCUGGGCCGGGUCCGUCACCCCUGGAGAGACUUCUGGAGCAGCAGAAGCAACUGAGGGAGGGACCAGCCCCAAAAGGCGGAACUUGAGCUCUUCACUUGAACUUGAAGCUAACGUUACGUUUCUUACUGGAAUAAUGAAAUAAAUACGCUGAAGAAGGAGGUCACACCAAACUGAAGAAGGUAUGACAAUGAAGGCAACAAAACAUGGUCAGGUAGGGGACAUACUGGGCAUCCAUAAUGUAGAUCACCCAGUUAAGUAUUCAAACCAGCCGUCUCAUGCAUUAUUAUACUUAAAAUAUCCACGAAAUAUGUUGUAACAACAGAGAAUGGUUUGGUGACAUAUGGAAUUAUGUCUGGAACUGCAGCAAAAUCACCAAUAUUUGUACACUAAUAUGUAAAAUGAAAUACUUAACAUUAAAGUAAAACAUUUACCUAUAGAGAAAUAGAAUUGAUGAUGAGUAGCAGCAUAGUUUUAUUAUCUUUGUUGACUAAUGUGACGUAAAUUGGAAGGGACUGCUAGUAGAUUGAUGUUCAGAAUAUCCAAGAUGCAACCCAGAUAUA